GAAUUCACAACCUAUAUCGAUUCCUUGCAUAGCAACGCAAGUCAUGCACCGUUGUAUCGAUACUACUAUUUCGCACAAUCUCUCCACGGACUCUCCGUAAUCUUCGCCAUCACUCAUGAUCUCGCCUAGCACAACAUCUCAUUCGCUCGAUUGCACUAAAUAUGCCGUGUAGCCGGCCCGUCCACCAAAGGAUCGUGCACGGGUCACUCGGUGUACAGCACCCUCACAAGGCUGAGUGCCUGUGCCACGCCACCUUUUCCAUUUAUGGGCUCACUAACAUCUGACGAUCCAAGAUCGCCCUCAACGUCAUGGAGUGAAUUUGCCUUGAUCGGGAAGGACAUGUCUAGGCAGCCGAAUAUCGUGAAACUGGAGGAUCUAGCGCGGGACUAUCAAAAGCCCGAUCGGCAGUUGAGCUGCCAAGGCUGUUGUAGUUAGGCUGGAUCCUUUGGUGGCUUGUACAUCUAGCUCCACUAUCACCACGACGUUGAUGAUGGGAUCGCUUUUAUCCCUCAGCCUUGGUUAUCUAAACGACGAGAAGGAUUGCUGUAAUGACGGUGAUGUUGAGCAUCAAGGAAAUGAGAAAGAAAUGUGCUGAUCAUGCUCAAAAACGGUGUCCAGCUCCGACGAAGUCUGACUGUAGUUGAGUAUAUAAAGAAAGAGUUGUCUUCUGCCAAGACAAAUUUCAUCAAGCUUCAAACUCUACUUCCUUCAGACUACCCUUGAACUCUAUCACCAUGCGUCCCCUUCCCAUUGCGUUGGCACUAGCAGCAACCGCUGUAAGUGCAGAUGUACAGAUCGUUUGGAAACACGCCAAAGCAUCCACUCAAACCGCACUUAGCGUAUACGACGGCUCAACCCUGCUGGCCCAAAGCUGCUCAAGUUUCAUCUCUGACGCCCCCAGCAGCAUUGACUUUACAGAUGUCGAUGAGAACGGCUUUGGGAACUUUACCGUCGGCGCUAAAAGGUACCUCGUCCACUCCAAGGCAAAGUACUCGGGAGGCCCGAUCUGCACCAAGAAGUUUAGCGCUCAAGCAACCGUUGUCGAGUGUUCUGGACUUGACUGGAAGCCCAACAAGGCAAAGAUCGAGGACAACUGCCAUGACAAGGAUGAGGCUAAGGGUGCUCUCCGGCUCUUGAGCUCCAAGGGUUCGGCAUCGGGCUUUGCAAAGCGCGAGGCUAAUCCUAUCAACGAUCCCCCGGCUUGCUCAGUCUUGACUAGGACGUCCCUAGUUGGCGAUGGCAACCCCCACCAGAAUUAUUUCCACAAGCAGCUUUCGGAAGUUGUGAACUGUGGAACCGCACAGUCCUGCAGCGUUGGAAACUCCCAGUCCGUCUCGUAUACCAUCGGCUGGACCGCUACCCUCACCCCAGUGAGCUGGAUCAGCGGUGGGUUCUCGGUCUCCGAGAGCUGGAACACUGGAAACACCUACACCUGCACCGGUAGCGCUGGCGAGGAUGUUUGCGUCUGGUACAACACCGCCCACACUGCCUAUACCGUGCAGAACAAGGAGCGAGACUCUUGUGCCGUUGGUGGAGGCUGGGACUCGACCGGCGAUCCGUUUGUCAUGUACUCACCAAACGAGUCUAACCGAGGCGGCGGUUACUACUGCGUCAUCGGGACAUGCAGGGCCCAGGGCGAUAACUACUGGGAUUACAGCGGCCGCGCGGGUGGUCCUUAGAUGGGAUCCUUGCAAUUCUGCUAGCUUAGAGCCCGAGAGCCCGAUGAUCCGGGUGAGCAUUACCGCCAGUCAUAUCUGACUGAAAUUUGCCCAAUGAAUUACGUUGAUAUCAGCACAUGGAAUCAUGGGAGUGAGGUGUCGGUGUAGGUAGGUUUGAUAGUGCAUAUUGAGAUCCCCCAAACUCUCCUUAUUAGUGCGUGUAGCGGAGCCGCAGAGACUGGAACCUUGUUUAUAGUUCUGAUUCAAUGACUUGCAUUCCCAACUAAGAUUCUCAACGGUCUUAGGGUUCCGACGGGACUAUUAAGUGAACUAGCAAGGGACACAGAUCAUCGUGAGGCAGGGGUUGCGGCUGAUGCGGAAAAUUCAUGUUUGAUCUAGGUAUCUCCAUAACUUCAGAAUGACCUCUCUCUAAACUCAACCAUUGGUCCAUUUCGUGCACAUGUAAUAUGGUCAU